AUGGCGACCAACGAGGAGCUGUUCCGACAGAUGCAGGCCCUGACCGCGGAGGUGCAGAGGCUAAGCGAGGAGAACGCUCGACUUCAGCGCGAGCAGCAAGGCGGGCUCCAGGCCAUCCCGGCCCUCGUGGAUGCUGUGACCCGCCUGACGGGUAGGCCCGACCAGUUCCAGAGGCUCGUCGACACGAAAGGGAUCGGCAAGCCCUCGGUGUUCGACGGGUCGGAAGCCAAGUACCGCGAAUGGGCUGCCAAGUUCGAGUCGUUCGUAGUCGGAGUCUUCGGCGAGCAGUUCAGGGCGGUGCUGGAGUGGAGCGUCGAGCGGCACGACUCGAUCGAUCGCGGGCUCUGGCAGGCGGCUUUCGGGCCGCACAGCGAAGGCGAGAUCGACCACAUCGACGAGAUGGUGGCGCAGCUGCACACGGCGAUCCAGCAGCUCGUGACGGGCGACAUCACUCAGAACGUCGACAAGGGCAACGGGCUCGAGUGCUGGAGGCGCCUCGCGAGGAGGUUCGACCCUUCCACCGGCGGGCGGAAGCGGAACUUGUUGAAGCAGGUGCUCUCGCCCGGGCGCUGCAAGCUCGAGGAGCUCGCGGGUGCCCUGGAGAGGUGGGAGGAGGCCGUGAAGCGGUACGAGUCCAGGAGGGACGACGACGGCAACCGCGAGCGGCUCUCGGACAGCGUGCGGAUGUCGGCCUUGGAGAGCCUACUACCGGCUGAGCUCGAAGAACACGUUCUUCUCAACCAGAGCCGCCUGAACACCUACGAGCUGCUCAGGAGGGAGAUCGCGUCAUACCUGGAGGCCAGGACCGGUGCUCGACUUCGAGACGCCCCGGUGCUCACCAAGGCGCAGCGCGACCCCAACGCCAUGGACAUCGGCGCCCUGGUCCGCGCGCACCAGAGCGGGAAGACCGGCAAGGACAAGGGCGGCAAGGGCAAGACGGGCACUGGCAAAGGCAAGGACGACAAAGUUAAGAAAGGAGGUAAGGGCUCAGGUUCAGGCUCAGGCAAGGGGUCUGACACGUCCCACCUCGUCUGCUGGAACUGCGGGCGUUCGGGGCACAAGAGCUCGGACUGCUGGAGACCGUCGGCCUCGGCGGAGGUGAUCGCCAAGGCUAAGGCUAAAGCCAAGGGCAAGCAGAAGCCGAAGGGCGGCGGCAAGCACGACGCGGGCGCGCUGGACGUCGGGAAGUCCGAGGAGGAGCCCCCGGGCGACUGGGAGCCAGAGGACCACAUGUUCUUGGAGCUGUUCUCCGCCGAGCGCGAGGAGAGCGCGAAGGAGGUGAACAGGAGGAUCGUGGACGACAAGGGCUGGGUGAAGGUCAACUUCGACAGCGGAUGCGCGAGCUCGGUGAUCCCCCGCGCAUGGACUCCAGCGACUUCGGCCCCUUCGAGUCAGAGGUUCAAGACGGCGAGUGGUGGUAUCAUCGCAGACGAGGGCGGCGGGGUGUUGGGGGGCGUCAACGAGAAUGGCGCCAGGAUGCGCCUCGCCGGGCGCAGGGCUGCCGUUACCAAACCCCUCGUCUCGGCCAGCGAGAUGCUCAGGAAGAGGAUCGGCAUCCUGGACGAGAGCUGCGGCAUGGUGAUCGAGAAGGGUUCCACUGCCGGACGGGCGAUCAUGAAGCUGGUCGCUAAGCUCAAGGAGACUGGAGCGCUGGAGAACAACAUCAGGUUGCACCAGGAGCGCGGGGUACACAACGCCUACCUGAAGUUGCCGGAGGAGAAGGCCAGGGAGCUGGAGCAGCUGCCGCUGAACACGAUCGAGUCGGAGCUGGCCCAUCCCCAGCCGACCGCUCUCGAGAUCGAGGAGCACGAGGCGCAGGGCCACGUCCACUUCAGGUCCUGGUGCCCUUCGUGCUGUGCAUCGCGUGGGACUGGCCAAGCGCAUCGUGGACAUCAACCUGCUGAGGGAGAGGUCCCUACGGUCGUCACCGACUACGGCUACCUCAACGCUAGCGAGUCGGACAGCAGAGGCCGCGACGCCAGCUCUGCGAUCACGGUGUUGGUGAUGCACGACUGCUUGCCGAGCGGGACGGGCUGCUACGGCGCGAGCUCGGUCCCGGCCAAGGGGAAGGACGACUUCAGCUCGAGCGUGGCGGUCGACUUCUUCAAUCACAUCGGCCACAAGAGGUGCAUCUACCAGUCGGACGGCGAGAACCCGCUGCUGGCGCUCAAGAGGGACGUCUGCAGCAAGGCCGAGGGGAAGGAGCUGCUGCUUCGCGAGAGCCCGGUGGGAGAGCACCAGGCGAAUGGAGCAGCCGAGAACGCGGUGAAGGUCAUCAAGGGCGUCGUCAGGACGGUGCUGGUGUCGGCCCAGGCCAAGUGGAAGCAUCGUCUGCCGUUCGGGCACCCGCUGAUGCUGUGGGCCCCCACCUAUGCGGCCCAGAUGCUGAAUAGGUUCAAGAUCGGCGACGACGGCAAGACGAGUGAGCAGAGGAGGUCUGGCAAACGCUGGGAGAAGGUGACGGUUCUCUUCGGCGAGCGCAUCCAGGUGAAGAAGCUGGUGAAGGACUCGCUCAAGCGCGACCUGGAACCCCGCUGGGUCACGGGCUACUACGCGGGCCACACCAGCAGGAGCGGCACGGCGCUGGUGCUCACCUCGAAGGGGGUGCAGCGCGGCACGGCGAUCUCACGCCUGCCGCCCGCCGAGCGCUGGGCCUGGAACGAGGAAGAGGUCCUCGGGCUCAAAGGCAAGCCUUGGGACUGGAAGGGCGGCGAGGAGCGCUACGCGGCAGCUCCGGCGGACGUCGCCCCGAGAGCUGGGCGCAUGGAUGCGCCAGUGGUGGUGGCGCUGCCAGCAGCCGCGGAGCCGCGAGACGUGGGCUUCUACGUCACCAGGGCCAACAUCCUGGACGCGGGCAUCGGGCCGACCGAGGGCUGCGUCGCCUGCGAGAACCUGGUGGCUACUGGUCGCGCAGGAAUUGCCCACUCGGAGCUGUGCCGACAGCGCGUGAUCGAGGCGCUGGCGGCUCGAGCCCCGAGAGACCUCGAGGGCAGGAGAGGCGCGAAGCAGCCUAUGGCGGUGGACCUUCGGGGCGCGGCCCCGAGGCCUGGAGCCAGCAUCCGCGGCGGCUUCGGGCUCAGGAGGCCCGGCGCCGGCGCUGGACCUGCUGCCAUGGAGACGGGCGGACUCGAGGAAGUGCCGCUCGAGUUGCAGUCGCUCGCGUUCUCGGAGUACUGCAACCCAGGAUGCUUCACUGAGCUUGCUGGGGAGUUUGGCAUGCUCCCAGGGCUAGCGGCGGACAUCAGCCUCAAGGACCGGGAGUCCCAGGAGGCGCUGGACAUGAGGAAGAUCGUGAACCAGCAGAGGUACAUGCAGGCGCUCGAGGACCAGGACCCCUACUUGGUCAUCGGGGCGCCGCCCUGCACGCGCGUCUCGAAGCUGACGAGCUUGAACCGCGGCAAGUACAAGGACCCGGAGGCGCACGCCAAGGCCGAGGAGGACGAUCGUGCGUUGCUUCGCUUCGGGAUGGAGGUCUACAAGGAUAGGCACGCCAAGGGCAGGUGGUUCUUGCACGAGCACCCUUGGGACGCCAAGUCGUGGGACGACGAGGCGGUGAAGGAGGUGAUCUCGCUCCCGGGGGUGUACCUCGUGCGAGGGGACAUGCGCGCCUGGGGCCUGGAGCUCAAGGGCGACGACGGGAAGGUCGGGCCGGUCAAGAAGAGCACCGGCUGGCUGACCAACAACGAGCGCCUUGCUAAGGCGCAGUCCUACACGCCUUCGCUACGCCGCGCGAUCUUGCAGGGGCUCAAGGAGGAGCUCGAGGUCGCGGGCGAGAUCAACUCGUUCGAGGGCGUCGGGCCGGUGCCAGACGAGGAGGCGCAGUACUUCAAGCCAGACGCCCCUCCAGGUGCAGCGGAGUCAGACAAUUGGUACUGGGACGACGUCAACGGGGGCUGGCUCGACCCUGCGGGGGUGCGGGCCGCGCGCCAGGAGGAGCUGGCCUGGAUGAAGCAUCGCGAGGUGUUCGAGCCGAGCGACGAGGAGACCUGA